AUGGUUUCAAAGCACACAGCAAAGGAAGGCAGCCCUGAAGGCCUCCAGGCUCCCUCAUCGGAAGAUUCAGUUCACGAAGACUCAGGUGCAAUCUCGGACGCUGAUGUGGCGAUCGAGGCCUUAGGUAGUUCCUUUAGGACCGCCACCAAAGCUCAAAAACGCGGUGGAGUCGAUGAGGAGGAGCCUACGACGCUGGGCAACGGUAGCAGGAGCACACUCGGUUACUUUGCUCACACAGUGUCGACGACACCUUCCAGCCCUGCGAGUGCAACGUCAACGAAGUUGCGAUUAGCGGGAUCGCAAAGAGUCACCCGAGAGGAGCAGGAUAGAGCAAGAGCUGAGUACCUCCAGGCUCAAGGAUUCCCGGUUGGGAGCUCGACAGAUGCUAGCUCUAGACACGGUGGUAAUCCUAGUGUGUCGACGAAGGUCCAGCGAUUAAGACAAAGGUUGGCUUCGAUGCCUGGCCCUCAUGAUGCCUUGAGUGCCUCCACGACCCCAAAUUUCACACCAGAAUUGGAGCAGUCGAUUUCCAACCCCGGCGAGGCUCAUGAUGAUGUGACUUCCUCCAGGAGUAGGCGGUCUCUCCAGAAAUUCAGGAUUCGCAUGCCCAGCUUGCGUGGGCACGAGCACGGCGCGACCGCCUCCACGCCUACCCAGGAUGCCACAGAGUCGAAUGUUACAUUUAAAGCACUCCGCUCUGACGAGGCUGGCAAUUGGUUCACUGUUCGCGGCUCGAAGACUUUACCGCACCGAUUCGAGCCUCCCGAGAGCCUCCAGGACGCGUCGUCAUCGCCGAGGUCGUCUAAAGACGGAAGACCGUUGCUGACGGAUUAUGAGUACUCAAAGAGGUUCUCGAGAUCAGCAUCACUGCGGCUCAGAAAUCUACGACUACCUCCAGCCUAUACCUUGCCCAUUGAGCCAACGUCAGAAAUCGUGCCAUCUGCGUCAGUGCCCAAACAAGAUGCUGACGAUCGAGAGGCUGGCCAUUCCGGCCCUGGUAGCGUACCUGAAGGCCUCCUAGGAUCUGUAUCGCAGCUAAUGACUGCGUCACUGAUUCCCAACAUUGAUGAGGAUGAUGAUGUACCUGCGUCUUUGGCGUGGAGUACUCGAAGAUCCUCACAUGACCUCACGAUCGAUACCACAAUAAGCGACGGUCUGCCCUCCACCCCGGAGGCCCUCACCGCAGCUUCACAACGGAACAGUAGAUUCAGCGAGGUGCUCGAAGACGUUGAUCCAGGGACCAGGCCGGAUGUACCGCCUAGAAGUCCAGACAGACCGUCAGCAAGGAACAGUGCUCUGCUAUCGAAUCGAGGCAGUGUUGUGUUUCCAGUACCUGAGCCAGCUGAGUCACUUCAGCUCGAGAACCCUGCGGAGCUGGUUUUAGAGAAGAAGCAGCGAUCUUGGUGGAUCGACUUCCUCCUCGUCGUCAUAUGGGUGAUAUCCACCGCACUGACGAUGUUCGGUAUGUCGAAUACCUCCUUGCUUCACCAACCCCUAGCAUGUACACUUGGAAAUGUACAAACCUGCACACCGCCGUCAUUCAGCUUCGUACACAACUUGCGGUUGAACACUACGCUCCCAGAAGUCCUCUGGCCCUUCAUAUCCACUCUACGCCUACAAGACGUCGAAGGUCUCGACCUCGCGGAUCACGGUCUCGUUGUCAAGGAGAUUUACAGUGACACCCAAACUAUAGACGUCCAUGGUGGCCUCGUUGUGCGAAGCGCGUUUUCGGAUAGGGGUAUCAAUCUUCUGUCAGAUAUCAUUUACAGCGGUGUUGUUGAUGGCGGCGACAUUGUCAGUGGACGGAAGUUAUUGCAGAAGAUGUUGAAGAAGGCGAAGGCUGGACAUGGGGUUGAGGAGGCGGUCGGGAUUGUGAGUGCUCAGGGUGCGAGGGAGAAUGCAUCGCGAGAUGGGUCACGGUCGAUAGGUGACAUCUUCCUUGCGUUGUGGUUAGCAUGCCUGCUGGCAGUGGAGAUCACAUUGCUGGUACACUUCGCGAUGUUGCCAGUGUUGUGGAUGGCCGCAGUGUGGCUGUCUCGAUGUUGCUGGUCGAAGAAAGAGAGAAAUGGGUUGGAGAAGGGAAGGAGUUGGAAGCAGGAAGUGCUGAUGGCCUCCGGGCUAGCGCUUCGGUGGAUUCUGGCAGGAGCGCUGGGUUCGGCAGGUGCAAGUGGGAUACUGCUAGCGUUCUGGACCUGA